GCAGCCUUUAUUGCGCAGUUAGUCGCAGCAAUUCGCGAUCGAAGGAUCGUCAAUUUUACAGUGACAAUAGUCUUAUUGCGCAAUUUGACAAGUAAUUUCACGUGCACAAAUCGAACAUUUGUAUUGUGUUGAAGGACGCGAGUGACUUCUGGCAAUAAGUUUUAGGAAAUCAUGGCCCUGAUACCACGGAAUGUAUUUCGUAGUUGGUGGGACGAUAUGGACCGCUGGCAUCGCGACGUAGAGGAGCACUUUGGGCAUUUGAAUUUGCGGCACAAUGAUCUGUGGCCGUCCCCGUCGUUCCGCGAUACAUUCCGCCCGUGGCGUGACUUAUUCAACAACCUGGAUCACCAAGUGGGCGGCGCGGCGAUGGUCGAGCGCGACGAGGAUAAAUAUCAGGUGAUCGUGGACGUGCAGCAGUUCACGCCGGAGGAGAUCACCGUACGCACCGACGACAAAUACAUCACCGUUGAGGGCAAACACAACGACAGGAAGGACAGGCACGGCUACGUCUCGCGCCAGUUCGUGCGCCGCUAUUUAUUGCCCAAAGGCUACGAUAUCGGUCAUGUGAAACCCAGUCUGUCAUCUGACGGUAUCUUGACCAUCACGGCUCCUAGACUUGCACUCCCGGCGCCGGGCGAGCGAAUCGUGCCAGUUCUACGAAGCAAUAAGCCGGCCAUCAAGGCCGCAUAAUGCGCUGAUAUGCUUAUGGAUAACGCAAAAUUGUUCCGGCAUUUUAAAUAUUGCUUAAAUAUUCGAACCAUUGUUAAGGCUAAUCAUGUUUACUGAAUUAUCCAUCAUUGUCUAUGUUGCGAUCGAUACCUAAAAAAAAAGCGGAAAAUUAAUUAAACAUUGAUUAAAAUAAUCGGCGUUUAGAAUAAUUAAAUGUUUUGAAGAUCUGCAGAUGUCUUGGCGAUAAGUUUGCGUUAUUCGGCUUUUUCGCAAAUGUUUAUUAUUAAAUUUUAUUAUUAUUAAAUGUUAAACACCUGCUAAUAUAUAUUAAUCUAUGUACAUCAACAUUGUAUUGUAUGUGUAAGCAAGGUCGCGAAGUCACGAUCGUUAUAAUUUUUAUGUCAGUUUGGUUCAUAGUUUGAUGAUUGUAAUUUGAGAAUUAAAUGUUUACAUCUGCGCGAGAUUUUUUAAGAAUGGAAAUUAACAAGCGCAUCGAUUCGCCUCAAUAAUUGUGAUCGUGAGUCAUUUCGCGCGUUUGAAUGCCUAUGACCAUAAUUGUAGGGAAUUAUACACAAUCACUAUACCUGUAGUUGUUGCCAAUUAUUUUGUUGACAAGCUCUUGCAAACGCGGUACCGGUUGGAGUGCGAAUAAUAGCAGCAUUACGAGAUUACAUAACACUGAGAAAUAACUUCACUCGGAUUCGUUAGAGAUUAUAUACUCAUCGGCGAUUAAUUUCAGUUUAUGCCGUUAAGAUUUGCUCUUAAAAUCAACUGCUAUCGUGUCUAAGAAGCUUGUCGCUCUUAUGUAAUAAUUUGUGUAGUUUUUUGCAUUAUCGUUAGCUCGAUGAUUCCUAAUUUAUUGUUAGAGUUCGUACUUAUAUGUUCAAAGAUUGUUUACAUAACUAUUCUUUUUAGCAAUGAAUGCGAAUUAUAUAGAAUAUGUGCAUAUAGAACUAUCGGUAAAUCACGCGAUAUCGAUUACUUAUUACUAGCCAAGAAAUAAAGUAGAAAUAUAAACAUAAUAUAUUAUGUAGUAUAUUUCAUAUAUAUUCGUAUUUCGAAUAAGUUGUGUUCAAAUGACGAUUAAAUGCAUAUUCCACAUUUAGUGUUAAUAAGAUGAUCUUACUUUCACGUGUGUAAUUUUCUCUCGUACUUUCAUUCGCCUUUUACUUAAAAAUCUAUAAUUUCUAUAAUUAUUACAAUAACUGUAAUAUAUUAUAAUAUCUCACAUGCUAACGAUAUUUUUGCAAUAAAGAUUUCUUUUCAAUUU